CGGAAACGGAAGGAACGAGUCCCAGGGGAGCUAGAAAUCGUCCCGACGCUUAAACAGCAACAGGUCAGCGUUAGAUACAAUUAAACGCCAGAAUGAGGACCAGGAUAGGCUUACUGACAUCCAGCGUGGCUUUUCUCUACGUGUUGGGAAUUGUUGGGAAACCAACUGUAGCCAUGGAAGAAUCGCCUUCAUCAUCGAUGAAUCUUCAACACUACAAUACCAUGAUGAAUUCGAUGGGAUUCGAUGAUCCCUUGCCUGAGAAGAGGGCGUAUACUUAUGUCUCCGAAUACAAGAGGUUACCAGUGUACAACUUCGGUAUUGGAAAGCGUUGGAUCGACAGCAACGAUGACAAAAGGGGACGUCCGUACUCGUUCGGCCUUGGAAAACGCGUGCGACAGUACAGUUUCGGGCUCGGGAAACGUAACGACAACUCUGAUUAUCCGGUCAGACUGAAUCUGGACUAUCUUCCCGUCGACAAUCUCGCCUUCCAUUCUCAGGAGAGUUUGGACAACGUACUGGAGGAGAAACGCGGCAGACAACCGUACAGCUUCGGUUUGGGCAAAAGGGCGGUACACUUGAACGCUGGACAACAGAUGGGAUCAGGGAAGAGACCGAACGAUCUUCUCAGCCAGAGAUACCAUUUCGGUCUCGGCAAGAGGAUGUCUGACGACGAGGAGGACGCGUUGCAGUAG